AUGGACAAGCACAAGAACCAGCACGAAGAGUCAUCCUCAAACUUCACAUCCGGGGCUCCGAACCCCUCACGUGAGCCUGGAUCUGUUCGACAGACUGAGAGCAGUAUGCCUCUGGUUUCCGGGGUGAACUCUCUCAAUCACAACAAGACCUCCCAGAUUGUCCAAUGGCUCGCCCAGGUCGAAUCGGACAAGGAGAACCAACAAUCCCCAUGCACACCCUCCACCACGACCCCAGCCUCGCAGCCUCCCCAGAACAACGCCGAGUUGGUAUCGACUUCUGCCGCCUCAGCCCAACAGGCGACCACUGCACCAGCCCCGUUGCCACCCACGAAGAAGUUCGUGUACAAGAAGGUUAGACGCGGCGCACUGCUCGGUCUGGGCGGAUCUGGAGGAUGGGUUCCCGCGAGCUAUGUCUGGGUUCGUGUGCCGGCUGAGACGACUGCCACCGCGAAGCCGGGCCAGCCCCCAUCUUCACCCAUGCCUCAGGACGACAGCGAGUCCCUCCGAAUUCAAGACGAGAGCAGCCCCCUAGUCGCUCCACCGAACUCUGAGGCUGACACCCAGAGUACGAUCCGCGCCGGAGAGCCGGCUUGCAACGUUAACGGCGAGCCACGUCAAUGA